CCAUCGAAGGGCGAAUGGGAUGGGACUGGGGAAAAAAAAAUAUCUGUUUGAUUUAAGGGAUUUUUUGCGACACAGAAUCGGAGAAGAGAGAGAAUCUGAGAGACACAAGAGAGAGAUAUGAAGAAAUCUGGCGGUGCAGAGAAGAAGAGGGUGCGAAGAUCGUCCGGAGCUGUUCAGAACGGUGGUAGAGAUCCCAAUUCCGACACUCCUCCUAGGAAACAAGGUGCGAAGAAGGAUGUGUUUCAGGUGUUUGCGGAGAAGGUGAGAGACCACAAGGGCUUGGAAUCGAGAUGGGCUGUGUUACAGGAGACACGUGUUGAGUAUUUUCGAGGGAAGGAUUUCGUAGGAUUUUUGAGGAAUCAUCCGGAGCUCAAAGAUGUUCUCGAAUCGGAGAGGAAUUUAGACUCCGAAGACAUUGCCAAUGCUUUGUUGAAAAAGAAUCUUCUAGUGCGCUGUGAUCGAGUCGUAAAAACUGUUCGUCCUGGGAAGAAGAAACUUUCUACGUGGCCUGCCCACUUGGAGAUCUUCUCUCAAAGUUAUGGGUAUUAUGAUGAUCUAUUGCAGGACCAAUUAUUUUCUGAAAAUGAUGCCUUCUUUGCGUGGACAUUUGUUAAACGACGACCUCUCUGGCAGACGCUUCUAUCGUUUUUUUGGCCUGUGCUCACUCUGGCAAUCUGCUUGUUUCCCGUCUACCCCCAUACAUGCAAGCUCAUAAUACUAUACUCGUGUGCAGGGCUCCUCUUGCUUUUCUUGUCACUGCUCUUAUUAAGGGCUACAAUGUUUGGUCUCUUGUAUAUCGUUAUUGGAAAGCGUGUUUGGUUCUUCCCCAACAUUCUUGCUGAGGAAGCAACAUUACGAGAGUUAUUCCGUUUCUGUCCUAAGAAAGAUGAGGAGGACCGGCCAAAGUGGACAACAAGGCUUUUCUAUGCUAUAGUGGCGGUAGUGAUCAUAUUGUUGCUGAGACACCAUGCCCCUGAUGAGGCUGCUAGAGCCAGGUAUCAAAAACGGGUGUCAAACAUAAUUGAUGAUGUCCUUGAGUGGUCCCCAACAUUGGCUCUGUCUGGGAUGAUGGAGAAGCAGCAACCCGUGGUUAAUGCCACAGACUCUGAUAGUAAUUUUGCAGGUAGGAGCAAAACAGAUCCUAAGGGGGAGGCUCCGUCUGAUGAAACGGGUGCGGGCUUUGCUUCAGAGCAGCACGAAGCAGAAGUCAAUGAAAACAACGAGGAAACUGAUCAACAUGAACGUCACGCUCACAUAUAAUUAUAGACCGUUCACCCUUACGGGACCAUAGAAGCACAUUUCUUGCCUUCAAUAUGAGUGUAAACCAUGUAGUAGACGAUCAUGAUAAAACCAGAUGGUUACAAAUCCGUCUUUCUUUGAUUUUAUUCACAACACAGAUCUAUGGAUUUUUCCCCGUAAGGAUUUAUGUAUUAAGAACGAUUUCAGAG